AUAUCCACAAACCUCAAAUGGGUCCUUUAUUUUAUGUGUAUAUAAUCUUGCGCAAGGUUUAAAAGCCGACAUCGAGUUAGUUCUCUCUUUCCCAUCUUCCAUCGUCUUCCUUAAUUUUGCACUCCCACCUGUCUUCUUAUUAAAUCCACAUCUCUAUUAAAUCCAUGAAUAUGUCUCGUGGGCAAGCAACUGUAGAUUUCAGCAACAGCGGGUCUAUCCUCGAAUCAAAUGAGCCUCCCUCGUACACGGGUGACUGCCAAGUCCCUCUGGCAAGGUCCCAUCCGUAUGGAUCACCGCCACAUCAUAUACCUGGCCCUCCGUUUUUUCCUCCUCUUCCACAUCAACCUCACUCAUAUCCAGAUCACUCCCAGUUUUUUCCACUAUCCUUGCAGGAAUCAGUUCGUGAUUCGGAUGAACGCGAUGAACUAGAUGUUCACACGCUCCAAAACGCACAAUAUCAACACUCUGACACAUCCGUCGGUGACGAAAAUAUGCCGGCAGGCCCAGUCGCCACUCAGGUGGUUGAAACGAUGCAACAGUAUCAUGCCAUCUACAUACCGGAGGAGGAAACCCUACACGACAUUCGAAAUACCCCGAUGUCGUUUCAGACGUUAGAUGUAUCCAGCCCCCCAGUUGAUAACCUCCCUCAGUGGGCCCAAAGUCAAUCCUCCGAUUUUCAACAUUCUGCGAUGGCUCAAGCGCACUCUCAUCCGGCUCAGAACGGACUUGCUGCUAACUACAAGAACGACCUCAGUGCUGGUCGUUCCGCGGAAUCUUCCAUUGUCAUGGACUCAGAUACUUCGGCAGGCGGGCAGUCCAACGCGUCUUACCCCCUGCAGGUGGGUAAUUUCCGCGGACAUGCUCGUCCUGUGGGGUUCCUCGAUGGGAUCAUCGCAGACUCUGAUGGAACUCAGUAUCUGAGUGAGGACGCCAGAUUGGAGCCGUUUUCCUUUGUUCCCUACGACACAGCGGUACCUUCCAAGCGCAAACUUACUGAGGCAGGUAAAAAAGUUGGCACCAGGAAUUCUGGUGCGCGCAAACGCAGACGUGCGAGAAGCACCAAAGGAGUAUUUGGCCAAUACGUCUUAGCUGACGCGAAUGCCACCGUUAUGGUUAAGCCUCUCAUCGACCACCGCCCCGUAGACAUCAGCGGCCGCAGGACCCAUGAUGCUGAGGGUGAGGUUCUUCGAACCAGAAAAUAUGGUGUAAUGGAGAUUGACGACCCCCACCGCGCUCGGUCCGCCACUGUUGCGAAGGACCUCCCUGCAGGAUUGACGUGCGUGCGGGCAUGCGAGUGGACCGAUCAGCCUUGUGGCUUAUACGUGGAAAUGAGUAAAGAACGCGUAAAAGGCCAUCUGUUGCAAUGGCAUGGUGUCAGUGCUGAUUUGAUGGCUCCCUGCAAGUUUAAGGGUUGCUCAGAUCGAUCAUCAAUGCAGAGUUUAGGUCGCCAUGUCACAACGGUUCACUAUGCUACGUCCUCAAAAUGUGACUAUUGUGGUGAGGACUUCUCGAGGAGCGAUUCUGCGACGCGGCAUCAUAGGGCAUGCGACUCUAUCAUGUCUGCAGCAGAGAGUGAAGGUGACAUGUUCAAACUCCGACCCCCGAAGACGAUCCUCCACGGAUACAUUGUUCCUGCUCGGAACGCCAAGUAGGACGCUGUACGAUGAUCACUCUAAAUUGAUCUCCGAGUCUUGAAUCCAAUCUUGCAUUUUUGAAACCACUUCAUUCUGCCAACUUUCUUGAUCGACUGCUUUAUUUUCAUAUGAUCGGCAUUGCUUUCUGCCUCAAAAAUUACGGCUCAUGCUCUGUAUUUCCUUCUCUACGUUAUCACUUAUGGUCUCUUCGGUAUCUGUGGACACCAGCGUGCUGCAUUGC